AUGAAAUUCUCAACUACUUUAUUAUUUGCCAUCGUCUUUUUGUUCCUUUAUGCUUAUGCUGCUGUAAUCGAGUCAAGGAGGAUACAACCAAUAAAACCAAAAGUUGAAGUCCAACUUCAAGCCGAAUUUUCAGAUGAAUUUAUUAUGCUUACUUGGAAUAGGGAUGUAAAGAAUAUCAGCCCUAAUUGUUUCAGAGCUUUAGAUUGUGAUAAAAAAGGAUGUGCACUUCCAAUUAUAGUAAAUGAAGUAGUACCGUUUGGUAAUGGAAGGUUUACUCUUUCAAAAGAACUACUAAGCUCAAAGAAAAUUCACAUAGCCGCAAUCCGUGGGGUUACUACUAGUGGUGAAUCGUAUGGCAGCAUUACUCCUAUUAUUGCUAAUAAAUAUGGAGAGCCUGAAGCAUAA